ACUUUUUCUAAAUUUAUAUAUAUACUAUUAUUUAGUUGGCCGUUUUAUAUAUAAGUUAGUGGGCAGUUUUUCUACCGAGCCCUAUAUAUAUAUAGGAUUAACUUGUGCGUAGAGAGAGAUUAAGAGAGAGAUUAAGAGAGAUAGAGAGAGAGAGAGAGAUAUUAACAGAGAGAGAGAGAGAGAGAGAGAGAGAGAGAGAACAUGGAUCAUAGAGUACUAUUGUGCUUUGUAUUGGGCUUGGGGCUUCUCUUCUCUACCCUAAGUACUCUCGCAGGAGCUCAAGGCGUUGGAGUGAACUAUGGCAUGCUAGGGAACAACCUGCCAACCCCGGACAAGGUGGUGGGCCUCUACGCCUCCCGGGGCAUCACCAAGCUCCGCCUCUUCAGCCCCGACGCCGCCGUCCUCGCCGCCCUCCGCGGCUCCGGCAUCAGCGUCGUCCUCGGCACGCUCAACGAGGACCUCCAGCGCCUCGCUGCCGACCAGUCCUUCGCCGCCAACUGGGUCCAGACCAACGUCGCCCCGUUCGCGACGACCGGCGUCGCGUUCCGCUACAUCAACGCAGGCAACGAGGUCAUCCCGGGCGCCGACGCCACGCAGGUCCUCCCCGCCAUGCAGAACCUCGACGCCGCGCUCCGCGCCGCCAACCUCUCCGUCCCGGUCACCACCGCCGUGUCCACCGAGGUGCUGGGCACGUCGUACCCGCCGUCGCAGGGCACGUUCUCGCAGUCUGCAGCGCCGGUGCUCACCCCCAUCGUGGCGUUCCUGCAGGCCAAGGGGACGCCGCUCCUCGUCAACGUCUACCCGUACUUCGCGUACGCCGGUAGCCCCAACGACGUCCCUCUCAACUACGCGCUCUUCACAUCGCCCAGCGUGGUGGUGCAGGACGGCUCGCUGGGCUACACCAACCUGUUCGACGCCAUCGUGGACUCGGUCUACGCGGCACUGGAGAAGGCGGGGGGGCCGCAGGUGGCCGUGGUGGUGUCGGAGACGGGAUGGCCGUCGGGGGGCGGCGGAGUCGGCGCGACGGUGGACAACGCGAGGCUGUACAACAACAAUGUGGUGGCGCACGUGGAGUCGAGCGCCGGAACGCCGAGGCGGCCCGGGAAGGGGAUCGAGACGUAUCUGUUUGCGAUGUUCAACGAGGACGAGAAGCCUGCCGGGACGGAGCAGAACUUUGGCCUGUACAGGCCGGAUAUGAGUGAGGUCUAUCACGUAAAUUUCGCGUCUUAAUUAAUUCCAUACUCUACUAGCAGCAUCUUGUGUACCACGUGCGUACGUAGCAGCUCCAUUUCGCUCCUUAAUUAUUAGCUAGUAUUAGUUAUUAUUAUUGUAUCCAUGCAUUAAUUAGAUGUUAUAUUGCUUUAACUUUGGAGGAGAGUUAUUAAUUUAUUAUUUAUUUUCUUAUUAAUUA